AUGCGCACAGAAAAAACCACAACCUACGAUAUCGUUAUAUAUGGAUCUACUCCAGCAGCAAUCACUGCAGCUAUUCAGACGACACGUAUGAACAAGACUGUUGCGAUUGUUAGUCCAUCGAGCCAUAUUGGUGGUAUGACUACAUCAGGCCUUGGUUGGACGGACUCCAAAAAUGGAAAUGCCAUCGGAGGGAUUGCUAGAGGGUUCUACAAUCGGGUAUAUAACUACUACAAAUCGGACUCAGCGUGGACGAGAGAGACAAGAACGCAGUAUAUCAACAAACAAAUAGCUGCCCAGCCAGGACCAGCAAUAGACGAAACCAACCAAGUUCAAUGGACUUUCGAGCCACACGUUGCUGAAUCCAUAUUCGAAGACUGGAUGAAGGAGUUGAAAAUUCCCAUUUUCCGCAACGAGACUCUUCCCAUGUCGACUGACAGUGUAACAAUAAAAGAAAAUAGAAUCACCUCCAUCAAGACAGAGUCAGGUCAAGUGUAUGAUGCAUUAAUGUUCAUGGAUGCCAGCUAUGAAGGGGACUUUAUGGCUGCGGCCCAAAUUCCGUACAGAAUAGGGCGUGAAGCUCAAUCAGAAUUCGGUGAAUCCUUGGCCGGAAUACAGAUUGCAGCGGAUGAAGGCUACCUCGGAAUGUCUCCAUACCUUACAGCUGGAGAUCCUAACAGCGGCCUUAUCGAAGGAAUCGACCACAUUGUCACAGCUGAUGACGCGAAGAAGUUGAAUGGCACAGCUGAUAAUUAUCGGCUUCAGGCAUUCAACUAUCGACUUAGCCUCACGCAAACAACAGACAACCAAAUCCCAUUUACGAAGCCGGAAGAUUACGAUGAAGCCUCUUAUGAAAUUCUACUUCGCUAUAUUGAAGCUGGCUACCAUGACCUAUUUUUCACAAAACAACUUAUGCCCAACUUGAAAACAGACACAAACUCGAAUGGCGGAGUGAGCACUGAUUUUCUCGGUGGAAACUUCGACAAUGUUAAGAAAACAAAUUACAUCGAGGAGAGCUAUGAACAGCGCGCAGCGAUUGCCAACACUUAUAAGACAUACACGCAAGGCUUCUUCUGGACACUUGCCAAUCAUCCACGGGUACCUCAGAGAUUUAGAGACUCUGCAAGCACUUGGGGAUACGCCAAAGACGAAUGGACAACCAACGGAAAUUGGCCUUAUGAAAUCUACAUUCGAGAAGCUAGACGCAUGCAGGGGAAUUUUACUAUGACACAAGGCGACGUACAGACUCCCCAAACGUUUCCUCAAGACAGCGUUAUUGGCCUUGGAUCCUACACUCUUGAUGUGCACGAAGCAGAGAGAGUAGUCAUUGAUUCGGGUAUUCACAAUGAGGGGUUGAUCCACGUCCCAGUCGCACAGCCUUUUCCUAUCCCGCUAGGCAGUAUCAUUCCCCAGUCUUCCGACAUUGUCAACUUUUUGAAUCCAGUCACGAUGAGCAGCACGCAUGUAGCCUUUGCAGCUAUUCGGAUGGAGCCGACUUAUAUGAUAAUGGGACAGAGCGCAGCGACCGCUGCUGUGCUGGCAAUUGAGCAAUGCGCUAAUAUUCAAGAUGUAGACAGGGGCCAGUUAAGCGACAGGUUGGUGGAGGACAAGCAAGUAUUGUCUCUAUAG